AAAUUUAAAAAAAAAAUUACUUAACUUUUUUAAAAAAAAAAACUAAAGACAAAAAAACAAAAAAUCCAAUAAAAAUGACAACAACCGAACCCGAACAUUUCGCUUUCGAAGCCGAUAUCUAACAAUUGAUGGGAUUAAUCAUCAAUACAUUCUAUUCUAAUAAAGAAAUUUUCUUAAGAGAGUUAAUCUCUAACUCAUCUGAUGCCUUAGAUAAGAUCAGAUACAAAAGUAUCACUGAUGCCGAAAGUGCCAGACUUGAUAUAGAACCAAACUUCAGAAUUAGAGUCAUCCCUGACAAAACUAACAAUACUUUAACUAUUUGGGAUACCGGUAUUGGUAUGACUAAGAAAGAAUUAAUUAAUAACUUAGGUACUAUUGCCAAAUCAGGAACUAAAGCUUUCAUGGAAGCCUUAUCUUCAGGUGCUGAUAUUUCCAUGAUUGGGCAAUUUGGUGUUGGUUUUUACUCUGCUUAUUUGGUAGCUGAGAGAGUCGAAGUUAUUUCCAAAUCUAAUGAUGAUGAUCAUUAAUAUAGAUGGGAAUCUACUGCUGGAGGUACUUUUACAGUCGUAAAUGAUGAUGAGAACCCUGAAAAACUUACCAGAGGUUCUAAAAUUAUUUUACACAUGAAGAGUGAUAACUUAGAAUUUUUAGAAGAAAGAAGAAUUAAGGAUUUGAUUAAAAAACACUCCGAAUUUAUCGCUUUCCCUAUUGAACUUUACGUCGAAAAAACCGAAGAAAAAGAAGUUUCUGAUGACGAAGAAGAGACUGCUGAAAAAGAAAAAAAAGAAGGAGAUGAACCUGAAAUUAAGGAAGAAAAAGACGAAAAUAAGCCUAAAAAGAAGAAAAAAGUAAAAUAAGUACACAGCGAAUUCGAAGAAUAGAACAAAAAUAAGCCUCUAUGGAUGAGAAAACCAGAAGAAAUAACAAAGGAAGAAUACUCUGCCUUUUAUAAAUCACUCACAAACGAUUGGGAAGAUCAUUUGGCUGUAAAAUAAUUCUCAGUCGAAGGUCAAUUAGAAUUUAAAGCUAUUCUUUUUAUCCCCAAGAGAGCUCCUUUUGAUCUUUUUGAAACUAAAAAGAAGAAAAAUAAUAUUAAACUUUAUGUCAGAAGAGUGUUCAUUAUGGACGAUUGUGAAGAUAUUAUCCCUGAAUAUUUAAAUUUCGUAAAGGGAGUAGUUGAUUCUGAAGAUUUGCCUUUAAAUAUUUCAAGAGAAUUCCUCUAACAUAAUAAAAUCUUGAAGGUUAUCAAGAAAAACAUCGUUAAAAAAUGCCUUGAUAUGAUUACCGAAGUUUCCGAAAACGAAGAAGAAUUCAAAAAAUUCUACGAAUAAUUCGGAAAAAACUUAAAAUUGGGAAUACAUGAAGACUCAGCCAAUAGAUCUAAAUUAUCCGAAUUCUUAAGAUAUCAUUCAUCUAAAAGUGCUGAAGAAUUAACUACUUUAAAGGACUAUGUAAGUAGAAUGAAAGAAGGUCAAAAAGACAUAUAUUUUAUUACUGGAGAAUCUAAAGCCUCUGUAGCUUAAUCUCCUUUCGUAGAAUCUUUAAAAAAGAGAGGAUAUGAAGUCCUUUAUAUGAUUGAUCCUAUUGAUGAAUACGUAAUUUAACAAUUAAAGGAAUUCGAUGGAAAAAAACUCAAAAAUUGUACCAAAGAAGGACUCGAAUUAGAAUAAACUGAAGACGAAAAGAAAUAACUUGAAGAAAAAAAAGCUUCUUUUGAACCAUUAUGUAAAUUAAUCAAAGAAGUACUCGGAGAUAAAGUAGAAAAAGUAGUUGUUGGCCAAAGAUUAGAUGAAUCUCCUUGUGUUUUAGUUACUGGAGAAUAUGGAUGGUCUGCUAAUAUGGAAAGAAUUAUGAGAGCUUAAGCUUUAAGAGAUUCCGCUUAAUCUACUUAUAUGAUCUCGAAAAAAACUAUGGAAAUUAACCCUGAUCAUCCUAUUGUUUAGGAACUUAAAUCAAGAUCAGACAAAGAUAAAGCUGAUAAAACCGUCAAAGAUUUAGUCUGGUUAUUAUUUGAUACUUCUUUAUUAACUUCAGGUUUCUCAUUAGAUGAACCUACUCAUUUUGCUAGUAGAAUCCAUAGAAUGAUUAAGUUAGGACUCUCUAUUGAUGAUGAUAAAAUGGAAGAAGAAGUACCUGGUCUUGUUAAAGAUGCUACUAAUAAUAAUACUGAUUAAUAAGCUACUAAUGCUAUGGAAGAUGUUGAUUGAAGAGAGAAAAUAGGUGUUUUUUUUAUAAAGAAAAAAAAGGUUUUAGUACUUUUUUUUUCUUUCUUUCUCUCUCUAUUAUGUUUAAUUAAAAUACAUUAGAAUUAUAUUAUUUGGUUUUUUUAUAUAUAAUUUUUUUUCUCUUGUAUUUUUAUUUAUUUUUUUAUGUUUGCUUUUUUUGCACUUUUUUAAGUAGUUUUAAAGUCUUUUUUAUAUAUAGAUUUCAUUAUU